ACCACUCUAGACCCGGCACCUUCCGGACCAGACACCUCCCCGCUGCUGGCUUCAGCCCUUCCCCGCGCGGCCCCGCCCCCGCUCUCGCUCCCUGCCCAGGCCCGGCCCCUGCGGAGCCCAGAGACGCGGGGGCACAGGUGAGGCGCGCGGGGUCCGGGCUGCGGCUUCCCGGUGCGGCCGCAGUGGGCAGGCUCGAGGCGUCUGCCGCACCUCAGCCCACGACCUGCCCCGCUGGGAGGUGCGGGCCGCUGGCCAGGCCCUGACCGCAACCUGGCCCAGAGGCCCCAGCCCUCAGGCAAGAUUCUCCGGUGAAGUCACAGCCUCGCCACCUGUCUUGACCUCCCCACCGAGAAGGCCCCGCCCCUCCCGCUGCAGCCCCACAGCAUGCAGCCCCAGGAGAGCCACGUCCACUAUAGUAGGUGGGAGGACGGCAGCAGGGACGGAGUCAGCCUAGGGGCCGUGUCCAGCACAGAAGAGGCCUCAUGCUGCCGCAGGAUCUCCCAGAAGCUGUGCACAGGCAAGCUGGGCAUCGCCAUGAAGUUGCUGGGCGGCGUGGCCCUCUUCUGCAUCAUCUUCAUCCUGGGCUACCUCACUGGCUACUAUGUGCACAAGUGCAAAUAAAUGCUGCCCCGCAUGCACGCUGGGGGCUGGCUGCA